AUGUCUCGGCAAGAUGGCCUGCCGCCGGCCGCGUCUUGUUGCGCGACCGAGGUGGAGGAGGUUCCCCUGCAGGCCCGGGUCAGGAUAUCGCUCUACGACUUUUACAAGCUGAACCAGUACUCGCUUUCGAUGAUCAUGCAAGCCAACCAACCCGACGCAAACGAUCGCAGAGCGUCGCAUGAGGCCUUGAAGAGGCUAUUUCCGUUCCAUGUCCAGCGUACCUGCCAGUACUCGCCCGGCUGGAGCAUGUUUCGGGAGGCAAACUCGGAUGUCGUGGCGUGCGUCCGGGACACGCCCCGCGGCAUGAUUCGUUCCCCUGCGGUCUGCAGAGAGCUCGAUAUCUUGCACUGGCAAACCGUCCACUUUGCUCGCCUCGAGGAGUCGGCUCGAAGAGACGCGAAUCAUGAUAGCUACUACCUCUCCUCCUGGACCAGGGGGCAUUGCCUACGCGCGUGGAGCGCCGCCAUUCUCAAGGCGAGGCGAGAGGAGACUUACUGGCGGUUCAUUGUGGAGCUGCGGAAGCUGGAGUUUGAGAAUCUUUACGCCCGGUACACGACCGACUACUACGACAAUCCGAGGCGUGCGAAUGCGUCGUGGAGUCCUCUGACCCGCCAUGUCAGCACCAUUCUCGCCGAGGUCAGGCGAGAGAUUGUCACCUACAGGGCAUGGAGGGAGGCGAUUGAGACGGGCGCCGACAUUCCCGGAAUGGAUCGGAACCGACCUCCCCCACGGAGAUGGAACAGGUUGCUCCUCAAGGUUUCCGAGCAUGCCGAGUGCUGCAAGGCAUCGACGACGCCAUGGACGUUUAGGCGCAUCAUGCGCGUGCUCCAAGACUGCCACGAUCGGAAGUGGGCGUACCGUGACGCCCACCUGUACAUGUCGAGGAGGAACAUGAGCCAUUUUGACUGCGCCAUCAGGAAGGCCAUUUUCCUCGCGCGCGACUCGGUCGUCGAUGAUCGGUUGCCCGACAACCCCCAACGCGACGAAGUGGCGGCUGUCAAGAGGGCGAACAAGUUUCUCUGCGCAUCGCUGUUGGAGAGGAUAGUUCGAAGACCUGACGGGAGUCUCCUUGGGUGCUGGUUCCGCUCCCCGACGCACGGCAAGGACGCCGAGUUCGGACACCACGACGCCUUGCGCUCCGUGGAGGCAGAGGACGAAUGGAACGCAGUGCCGCGCGUGAGGGUUCUGAACGGGGUCAUCAAAAAGCUACAACACGUUGAGGAUGGUGCGCGAGCGGAGGGAAAGCUUAUUGCCGUUCGCUGGUCGUACGACGGCGGCGAUCAGAGUGCCGGGGAGUUGGCGGAGGAGGAAGAGGCGGUAGUGGAGGAGGUGGUGGAGGAGGAAGGCCCGUGGUGUGCCAUGAUGGAAAACGGGCGCAAGCAGGCGUCGUCGGGGCACCCAGAGGAUGGAGAUCGGCAUCGGGCGCCACUCGGUACAAGGCGUAUCGAUGGCCGAGAUGAAGAGGAGGACGUGCCUCGGUGGGAGGAAGGGUACGAGUCGUCGGGGUACAUGUCGUCCGAGAUGUCGGAAGUUGACGAGUUCCAGCUGUGGGCGCUGCGGGGUGACGAGCAAGCCGAGCCCGACUCCGAAGAGAUGACAGAAUCAGGGGAUGAUACGUACUAUUCCAUCUCGUCCUCCUCGUCCUCCUCCGAAAGCAACCAUGAUGCAGAUACAGGCGACGACGAUGGUAACUCUCCUUCAGUCGAUCAGUCCGGCAACCUGGCACACGACAACGGUGAUGAUGGCUCCUCAUGGGACGGUGAUGAUGAGAACGACAGUGAAGCGGAAUGA